AUGGAGUUCUCAGUGGAAGAUUAUAUGGGUGAAUUGUAUGAUUUUUAUCCAGACUAUUGGGAUGAAGGUCAACACGGUUACUGGGGUAUUGUUAAUGGUUUUCAAUCAGGAACAAUCUUUUUUAAUGACAAUACCACCAAAUUGGAUACGUUGAAUCCGUCGUCCAACUUUAUGUGUGCGGUUAGGUAUAUUGUAUCAAACAAACCCUCAAAUGAAAUUGCUGCAAAGGAUUGCCUCUAUUCAUCAAAACAAUUAGAUAUAUUCUCAGCGACUGCUUCAUCAUUCGGGAUUUAUGUAACUGUUAGAAAUUUAGGUCGAGAUUAUGACUCAGUCAGAUUAGGCUUGAAUCCGGAAAGACUAGGCAGUGGUGUUCAUGUUGUACAUUCCAUUGUAGACAAUUUCAUUGCAUGGAGAGGUUUAACAAAUUUAGUAGAUGAUACAUUUAUUGUAGUUGGUAAUGCUCAAUGUUCUCACUCGCAGCAGAAUACUGACAGAUUAACAUUUGCAGAUGAGUCCUUGUUGAUUCUUCCACCUCAAUGCGACAUGGUUCCUUUUGCUGCUCUUUUCACUAGCCCAAAUUCAAUGACUUUGAGAAAAAGGCAAGUUCUACAACAAGGAGGAACUGGAGGGUCAUUCAUAAAUAAGGUUGUCAAGUCAUCUGCUUCUUCCUUUUGGAUUGGAGUAAGAGGUAUCCGAGGUUCGUAUUUCCAAACCAUUAUUUGA